CGUGACCCUAUGCGGAAGGAGACGUUUGCGCUACAGAGGCAGUGCACCACAUCACAGGCGGGGGAAUCGCUAACAUUCACUGCCUAUAUUCCCCAUCGUCUAUCUUAACCUCCUCUCCGAUCGGCCCAGCAAUGGACGGAUCCGUCGGAGCAGCUCCUGACGCCGGGCCCCCGGCUUAUUACAGGGGAAAUGAAAGCUCCCUGGUGUCAGCCCUCAAGACGCUGUUGUUCUUCACCAUCCUGAUGGUGACGCUGCCCAUCGGACUGUACUUUGCCACCAAGGCGUACCUCUUUGAGGGUUCCAUGAAGCUGUCCAGCUCUGACAGCUACUUCUAUGCAGCCAUCGUUGCCGUGCUCGCUGUGCACGUGGUGCUGGCCUUGUUUGUUUAUGUGGCCUGGAACGAAGGCGCACCUAAAGGGAAGGGCAAGCACGAUUAAGGCACGACCCCUAUCAGCUCGUAAGACUGGAGGAGAUGGGCAGAUACCUCCCCCACCUCUCCAACCACCAUGGGCUCAACCAGGCAGUUGGGGGAUGUGGUUGCGCUCAGGCUUUAACGCAAGUUUAAAGCCUGAAACUACUGUCUUAUUUGCUGGCAUGGUGGAGGGGACGCCGCCGUUUUUAAGAGGCUUUGUUAUAAGCUGCCGUUUGGCCAAGUGCUGCGAGUCCCUGCACGGUUAACAUUUGGUCGCGUAGGAAAACGUCUUGUGUUUUGGAUGACGAGUAGACACACACACACACACAAAGUGUAUGUCCUUGAAAUAUUUAUAUACAAAGAAUCCGAUUCAAAAAUGCUCCACAUCCUUUCUGUGAGAAUUUGCAGUGCUGAAUUGAUCAUUCCGUCCUCAAAUUUGAGUUAUUAGCCACAUACUUUUGACUUCAAUAUCAACCCCAAACUGGCUUUACUUCACACUAUAUUUUGGAGCAUAUGAAUUCAUGUUUUGUUCUUAAUAUUCAAUGUGUUCAAUGUAGCAUAUAGUGACAUUUUGUAACUUUGAAUUUGGAUAUGAUUGCAAUGUCGAUUUGUAUUCAAAGGAAUGCUUUGUGCUCUAUGAUGUUUGGUUAUUUGAGGUUGUUCUCGGUUUAGUUGUGUCAUGUGGUUUGGUUAAAAAGGUUAAUUUGCUUAAAUAAAAAAAUUGAAAAUUGGACUUUCA